ACGUCCCGCUGGGUAUUUGCGACCGCUAAACUUACGAAUCGAGCGACCGAAACCCGACGUACGAAGCAAUACGAAGAUCGGGGCCUCCGAUCGACGUCAUCCAUCAUGGCCGACUCCGAUGGCGAGUACCAUGACAUGUCUGAUGAUGACUUGCAGGUGACCAACGGUAGAGGCGGCGAUGCGAGAAAAGGUGGAAAGAAGGGGAAAGGCGGCAAUUCCAAGGCGCGAUGGGAGGAGGUCAAGCGAAGUUGGGAGCAAGUCACAGAGGGCGCUGACGGCAGUCUCGCGGUCGGGGCAAGCUUGGAGGCCGAGAAGAGGAGGAGGCUGCUGAGAGACACAACGCCACUGCAGCGCGGCAUUAUCAGACAUCUGGUGCUGGUGCUAGACAUGUCAUUCGCCAUGACCGAGAAGGACAUGCUCCCGAACCGCUAUCGUGUAGCCUGGGCGUACGCGGCCGACUUCGUGAAGGAGUACUUCGAACAGAACCCAAUCUCGCAGCUGGGCAUCGUCGGCAUGCGAGAUGGCGUGGCUCUACGAAUCAGCGAGAUGAGCGGCAAUCCGACAGACCACCUGGAGAAGCUGAAAGAAUUCGAGGGCCAAGAUCCGUCAGGCAACCCAAGUUUGCAGAAUGCGCUUGAGAUGUGUCGCGGUGCCCUUUUCCACGCACCUUCCCACGGCACACGAGAAGUCCUAAUAGUAUUUGGCGCCCUCCUCUCCUCCGACCCGGGCGACAUCCAUACCACAAUAGACUCCCUCAUAUCCGAUAAAAUCCGCGUUACCAUCGUCGGCCUCGCGGCGCAGGUCGCCAUCUGCGGAGAACUAUGCACCCGCACCAACGCCGGCGACGACACGCAGUACAGCGUCUGCAUGAACGAUGCCCACUUCCGCGAUCUCCUCCUCGCCGCCACGACCCCACCCGUUACCCGGACGGCCGCCCAGAGCACCGCUUCUCUGCUCAUGAUGGGCUUCCCCUCGCGCACUCUCGCGCAGGGCGAGACGACAGCCGUAUGCGCCUGCCAUAACAAACCCGCCCGCGAAGGCUAUCUCUGCACGCGAUGCGCUACCCGCGUGUGUCGUCUGCCCAUCGAGUGUCCCGCCUGUAGUUUGACGCUCAUCCUCUCCACCCAUCUCGCGCGCUCAUACCACCAUCUCUUUCCGUUACGGAACUGGAUCGAGGUCACCUGGGCCGCGGCCGCCAAGUCGAAAGCAUGCUAUUCGUGCCUCACCAACUUUCCGGAACCGCCCAAGGCCUCCAAGAAGAAGGACAAGGGCAAGGACCAAGAUGGCGUGACUACGACGACAGGGCCCGUUGCCCCGACCCCGGUGAAAGCGGCAGAGCUGAAGGGGGUUAGUGAAAGCGGACGGUACGCCUGCACGGUGUGUGAUAAUCACUUUUGCAUCGACUGCGACGUCUACGCGCAUGAGGUCAUUCACAACUGCCCUGGAUGCCAAAGUGACACCCGUGGGGCGGCGAUGGAGGUGAUUAACGAGACGAAUGGGGCGCAUGAGCAUCAAACCAAUGGAACGGCUAUGGUGGUGGACUCAUGA